AUGCUGAAGCUGGCCGGUGGCAUGGCUGUUGGAGCCACUGCCUUGAUGAUGGCAUCAACCCUCAAGCAGUCCUUGAAGGCCUCCGCGCGUCGCGAGGCGUCUUCCUCUUUUGAGUACCACCUGGCGGUGCAUUGCCCACAGAUCUCGUCGUGCUCAACUUGGCAGUUGGUGAAGUUGCCCAAAGUGGCCAAUGUCAAGGAGCUGCACCAAGCAACCUGUGCUGCGCUCGGCAAAGAUGUCGAGACCUUCCAGGACUUCAACUUCUAUCCAGUGGAAAGGAAAACAGUGGAUGGAGCCUGUGUGAAGCUUGGGCCACAGCUGAAGGAAAUUGGCUGCUUGGAUCUGUUGCUUGUGGCGCUGCCGCCUGAUCACCUGCAGGUGGUUCAGCUGAUCUUUGCUCCAGAAGUCCCCCAACCAGCAGAGGUGCCACAAGGGCCCAAGGCUUUCAACGUCUGUGGCAUGUGCCUGCCGCUGGUCGGUACCAGUCACCAGUUCAAGGGGCCCUAUGCCAUCCCUGAGUAUAACUUCGCCCAAAAUGUCUUCCCUCCAACUGGAAAGUAUCCCUAUGGUUCCACGGUUCGUUCCUAUGACGGCCGCAAGCAAGAUGUCUGGGAGUUCGGAACCACGGUCUUCCACGAGGACACUCAAUACACCGAGACCAUGACGGCAGAUGCCAACAUCGUCCAGGAGUUGAUCGCAAGAACUUCGGACUUUCCCAAACUUUGGAACCGAGACGUUGAAGUUGGUUUGCAGGAUUUCACCGCCAAUGGACUUUUCACCAGCAGCGAGAAGUCUGAGGAUUGGAAGACGGGUCACAGUCUUCUCCCUCGCGGCUUCAAUCAGAUCAAGGUGAAGGCCUUUGCCCCUCAGAUCUUGGCAAAGACUCGUUCUUUCGUUGGCGAAUGGUCCAAGUUUGAGGCCGGGCAUUUGGUGGAGGAUGUGAACGAAUGGCUGACUGCCAUGACCGCAGAUGCUGUGGUUUCUUGUAGCAUGGGAAUGGACAUGCGCAAUGUGGAACGCUUGGGUUCCAAGCAGGCGCCUCACAAGUUCGUAGAGACUUUCCGCUUUGGCUUGGGGGUGUCCAUUGGAAGCAUCACGGCACAGUCGGAGUACGGCCUCAAGCGCUUCUUGCCCUUCUUUGAUGCAGAGGGUCGCUUGCAGGCGAAAUACCAGGAAACCAAAAAGGAGAUGCAGCGCCAGGUGGAAGAUUUGGUGGAAGCCACUCGCCGUGGUGAGUUGGGUGAGAACUCCAUCAUCGCUGCCAUGCUGAAGGAUGCCGACCCGGAUGGGAAGCGCGUGCGCUACGGCGCCCUCUACGGGCACGUGGUGAAUCUGAUGAUCGCCGGGCACGAAACCACAGCGGCCACCCUUGGCUUCACCCUGCAACUGCUGGCGGAGCAUCCCAGCUAUGAAGAACGGGCCCUGGAGGAAGUGCGGCAGGUGUUGCAGGGCCGCACUGAGCCGUCAGUGGAUGAUGUGCCCAAGCUGCAGUUUGUGGAGCAAUGCUUCCAGGAGGCCCUGAGGCUCUACAGCCCUGUGACCUUUAUCACCCGGGACGUGGCACAUGAUACGUUGCUGGGAGGUCAUCGUGUGUACCAAGGUGAAAGGAUCAACCUGGUGACACGUGCCUUGCAUACGAACCCCGAGUACUGGGCUGGGGCGGCUGGGGAAUUUGGAGAUCCAUUGAGCUUCAACCCAGAUCGCUUCUCUCCAGAGGCAGUGAGGGAGCGACAUCCCAACGCCUAUCACCCUUGGGGUUUCGCCAGUCGCGCCUGUAUUGGGAGUCAGUUCGCCCUCUUUGAGGCCAAAACCUUCUUGGCAUCGAUGUUGAUCCACUUCCGGCUGCAAGGCAUUCCAGGGUACAAGAUCGUGGCCAGUUGCGAAGGUGGGGGUGCUGCACCCUCCCCGGAGAACUUGGCCUUCCAUGUCUUCCCCAGGCCAGGUGGACCAUUGUGGUCUGAUGGCAUCAUGAGACCACUGGCCAUGAACGAAGGCAAGGAGGAUGAGAACGAUAACUGA